AUGGAUUUGGAUAUGGGUGUUGGAGGAUGUGAUAAGAUGUUUGAGCGCCGCAUUCGCUCGCAACCACCAAAUGGACAAGGCGAAGCAGCUGUUGAGGAAGAACGGUGCUCGAUGGGGGGCACUCAUGAUGCGGAACACUUGAAGAAAAUGUACUUGAUUGACUAUCAAAUCGUUGUCUGGCAUUUUGAUAACCACCAUCGAAACAUUGAACCCCAACGAUUCGUCGGACUAUACUUUUGA